UAUAUGUUAGUACGUAUUUAAGUUGAAGACAUUAGUGUGACCUUUAGAGGUUUCGUUGAUUAAAUAUUUCGACUGCGGCAUCAAUUUUAAUCGACCGUCUAUGCGUUAAUCUGGUUUCAGCUACAUUGGUCUGGUAAAAAUGGCGCCGUAAUGAGCAAAGGUUUGUUAUUCAUGGGUCCGAAGUAUGUUUCAGCGUAUUAACCGACUGACCCGGUUUGCCAGAUAUCCUAAGCUAGCGGAGAGUAGUUUCCACUUAAAACAAGAUUUUAGGCUCGUGUCGUCGUUGCCCCUCAGAAUGACCGACCCAGCUGUGAAGAGGGUUGUGACUGAAAUAAUUCGCUCUCCUGAGGACAAGCGAGUAUACAGGGGCCUGGAAUUCACUAAUGGCUUGAAGGCCGUGCUCAUCAGUGACCCAACAACGGACAAGUCCUCAGCAGCACUGGAUGUCCACAUAGGUUCAUUAUCAGACCCAGGCAACAUUUCUGGCCUGGCACACUUUUGUGAACACAUGCUGUUCCUGGGCACUGAGAAAUAUCCCAAGGAGAAUGAAUACAGCCAGUUCCUCAGUGAGCAUGCAGGCAGCUCCAAUGCCUUCACCAGUGGAGAGCACACCAACUACUACUUUGACGUGUCCCAUGAGCACUUGCAAGGAGCAUUGGAUAGGUUUGCCCAGUUCUUCCUGUGCCCGCUGUUUGACGAGAGCUGCAAGGACCGGGAGGUGAACGCUGUUGAUUCUGAGCAUGAAAAGAACCUGAUGAACGAUGCCUGGAGGCUGUUUCAGUUGGAGAAAGCCACUGGCAACCCCGACCAUCCUUUUAGUAAAUUUGGAACAGGUAACAAAUUGACCCUUGAAACUAGACCGUCUAAAGAUGGGAUUGACAUCCGCCAAGAGCUCCUGAAAUUUCACUCCACAUACUACUCCUCAAAUCUCAUGGGGCUCUGUGUAUUAGGAAGAGAAUCCCUUGAUGAGUUGACCGCCAUGGUAGUUGAGCUAUUUGGAGAGGUAGAGAACAAGAAUGUGCCUGUUCCAGAAUUCCCUGAGCACCCCUUCCAAGAGGAACACCUCAGACAAUUCUACAAAGUGGUGCCUGUCAAAGACAUCAGGAACCUGUAUGUGACCUUCCCCAUCCCGGACCUGCAGAAGUACUACAAAUCAAACCCAGGCCACUAUCUAGGACAUCUGAUUGGUCAUGAAGGACCUGGAAGUCUCCUGUCUGAACUGAAGGCCAAAGGCUGGGUGAACACCCUGGUUGGGGGGCAAAAGGAAGGAGCCAGAGGGUUCAUGUUUUUUAUCAUCAAUGUGGACCUGACUGAAGAGGGGCUCUUACAUGUAGAGGACAUCAUCUUCCACAUGUUCCAGUAUAUCCAGAAACUACGUACUGAGGGGCCUCAGGAGUGGGUCUUUCAGGAAUGCAAGGAUUUAAACAAAGUGGCCUUCAGGUUCAAGGACAAGGAGCGGCCUCGUGGCUACACUUCUAAGGUGGCGGGCUUAUUACACUACUAUCCUCUGGAAGAGGUCCUGGCAGCAGAGUACCUUUUGGAGGACUUCAGACCAGAUCUGAUAGAGAUGGUACUGGACAAGCUGAGACCAGAGCAUGUCAGAGUUGCAGUGGUGUCAAAGUCAUUUGAAGGGCAGACGGAUCAGACUGAGGAGUGGUAUGGCACACAGUACAAACAGGAAACCAUCUCUGAAGAAGUCAUCAAGAAAUGGGCCAGUGCAGACCUCAACGGCAAGUUUAAGCUACCCAUGAAGAACGAGUUCAUCCCCAACAACUUUGAGAUCUAUCAUCUCGAGAAAGACUCUCCACCUGUCCCCAAUUUAAUUAAGGACACAGCUAUGAGCAAGGUGUGGUUUAAGCAGGAUGACAAGUUUUUCCUGCCCAAGGCAUGCUUGAACUUUGAGUUUUUCAGCCCGUUUGCUUAUGUGGACCCCUUGCAUUGUAACAUGGCAUAUUUAUACCUGGAGCUCCUCAAGGACUCCCUCAACGAGUAUGCAUAUGCAGCCGAACUAGCUGGCUUGAACUAUGACCUGCAAAAUACCAUCUAUGGGAUGUAUCUCUCAGUGAAGGGUUACAAUGACAAGCAGGACAUCCUACUUAAGAAGAUCAUAGAGAAGAUGGCUACCUUUGAGAUUGAUGAGAAGCGCUUCGACAUCAUUAAGGAAGCGUACAUGAGGUCUCUAAACAACUUCAGAGCGGAGCAACCACACCAGCACGCCAUGUACUAUCUCCGUCUGCUAAUGACUGAGGUCGCCUGGACCAAAGAUGAGCUCAGAGAGGCUCUAGAUGAUGUGACUCUCCCACGCCUCAAGGCCUUCAUACCUCAGCUAUUGUCACGGUUACAUAUUGAAGCCUUAUUCCAUGGCAACAUCACCAAGGAGUCUGCUCUCGGCAUGAUGCAGAUGGUGGAGGACACGCUCAUCGAGCACGCUCACACCAAGCCCCUCCUCCCCAGCCAGCUGAUUCGCUACAGAGAGGUGCAGGUUCCAGAUGGUGGCUGGUAUGUGUAUCAGCAGAGGAAUGAGGUGCAUAACAACUGUGGCAUUGAAAUCUACUACCAGACAGACAUGCAGACCACCCACGACAACAUGCUGCUGGAACUCUUCUGUCAGAUCAUCUCUGAGCCCUGCUUCAACACACUGCGUACCAAAGAACAGCUGGGUUAUAUUGUGUUUAGUGGUCCCCGGCGUGCCAACGGGGUCCAGGGCCUGCGCUUCAUCAUCCAGUCGGAGAAGGCUCCCCACUAUCUGGAGAGCCGUGUGGAGGCCUUCCUGCGCACCAUGGAGAAGUCUGUGGAGGAGAUGAGCGAUGAGGCCUUCCAGAAACACAUCCAGGCCCUGGCCAUCCGCCGCCUGGACAAGCCCAAGAAGCUGGCAGCCGAAUGCGCUAAGUACUGGGGAGAGAUAAUCUCCCAGCAGUACAAUUUUGACAGAGACAAAGUGUCUGUGCAUGUCCUUUCUAGGGAGAUGGACUCUUGUCCUGUUGUGGGUGAAUUCCCUGCCCAGAAUGAUGUCAACCUGGCCCCAGCCCCGUCCUUACCGCAGCCCACGAUAGUGCAGGACAUGACGGAGUUCAAGAGGAACCUCCCCCUCUUCCCCUUGGCCAAGCCCCACAUCAACUUCAUGGCCGCCAAACUGUGAAAAAGGGGGCACCGACCUGACACCCCGGAGCAGUGUGGGAGCACUGGGGAGGGCAGUUGGGGAGGGGGGGCCCGUCCUUCCCUGCCCCUCUCUUAACCCCCUCCCUGCAGCACCAGUCACCUGGAGUCAGGAACGCACUCAAUUUGAGUUAGCUGGCGUGUGCACACGUGCUUUUGCCUGAGUGCACGUGAAUGUUUGUGUGUAUGGGUGGCAGGAUGGAGCCACUAGAGGACAUGCUUGGAAAAAAAUUGCAUUCAUUUGAUUUACCAGCCUAGUGGUUGUCAACAUAUAGCUGUGUUAAGGGUAGAUUUCACACCAGACUCACCUCAUGUAUAGCCUCUCAGAGAAGACGCAGCACUCAUACACUUUCACUAUACUGUGUAGGCUGUCGUAGAAGAAGUAGUACCCAGUUAAAAGAAAAGGAGUGUUGAGGGUGGGGGGCAGGCAGGCAGGUAGUUAGGUUCUUCUCUUUUUUUUUUUUUCAUUUUUAAAUCAGUUGAACUUUAUUUCAAAUGCUUCACAGCAGAAGUGUUUUACUUUGAAUCACCCACAGACGGGCUGCUUUGAGACUGGUUGUUGGUUUACAGUGAUGAACCUGGAGUUCUAGAUUUAAGCUCUGUGCAGGUCUGUGCUUUCUGCUUGAUUUCCAUGAGACCUGUAGAUCCCUGCUACAUACCCCGGUAUGGCACGAUGAUGACUCUCUCAAAGUGUUACCAAACACAAACCCGGCGGAAAUACGCCCGUUCGACACAGAAAUAUUUUAUUCAAAUGUGUUUUUUUUCCCUUGCCUUACAUUUAUGGUUUUAACCCUCGCCGGUUUUGAAAUUUUUUUUGCUUGUGAAGUGGUAAAAUGUUGGGACCCUUUUGAGGAGCUGUUUUUAAAAAUUGUUAAUUUGGUUAAAGCUUGCCCAUGAACAUUGUUUUUACAGCUGUGUUGUAUCCAAGUAUCAUCUCAGGGGUACAUUAAAAAUGGUUUUACUCAUGCUUUUAAUGACUACAAAAACCUUUAAUUGACCACAUCAGCUAUUAAUAAGAAGUAUAACUUUUAGUGAUUCUUAGUUCACAUAUCACUUUUUGCUCAUCUGAAUGAAAUGGAUGCCUGCUGAGAUUGACGUGGGAUGUUUUCACUGCUAUUCUUGGAGGCUGAAGGGAGAUUCUUGUCGUUACGUGUGCGUUUAAGACUUACUAUGGUUUUGCCUUAAUGGGGGCGUUAGUUGGUCAGCAUCUAGCCGUGCAGAUUGGCAAUAUUGGAUAGUGAGAGCUCCCAGUGAGAUAAACCAUGCUGUGCAGAAAGGUUUGCCCAGGAGCCAGCCAGCCGCUGAUCCGGGUCAGACCCAGAGCAGAACGUUCACGUUCAAAACAAUCCAAGUGGCUGUUCUGGAGGUUGAUGUCAGAGGCAGCUAGCCUUUUCCUGUUGAUGUCUUAAGAAGUUGAAGAGAAGCUUCAGCGUUCGGCUUCAGGAUUUUCCUGAAUAUAUGCACUUCUCUCACUAAGCAAUAAACCCAUGAAGUGGGCCAGGGAACAUCAUUGUGAAUCCAAAUCAGAAUUUGCUCGGCAGUAUUCAGAACAGUUGCAUCUGCAGCCUCUUCCCAGGCUCCAGCCCAAAUCAGAGAUGAUGGGCUGCAUGAAAGUCAUGUCAGUGCCAUGUUCAAGUGUGGCCUGCUCUCUCAGGUGCUAACCAGUUUUGCCAAGUGAAACCACUACUGGCUAAGGCUCCCAGCCACAACUGUCUGUGAUUUUUUUUUCUUCUCCCCCCUUCCCCUUGAUACCUUUCUCUCUCUGACUAGUGAAUUCAAUCCAUCCAUGAUGCUGCAGUUUUGAACAAAGGCUGAAAUGAUGUAAAUGUUAUAUUAAAAUCUUUUAAAGACUUAAUGAGAUUAGAAAGUACUUGUUACUGCAGUACCAAAAGCUUCUUAAAUGUUUUCCAGCAUUUUACUAUAUGUCAAACAACCAUAUCAAAACCACUUUAAAGGAUUGUCUGGUCCCAAAGGAAAGGGGCCCCUUUCUCACAAACUGCUGCUGUGCUCAGAGGCACAGCUCCAGUUUGUGGUCAGAACCCAAAGACGUCCAGCAGCAGUAAUAUGCUCUGUAGAUUCUCAUGCUCACAGGCUCACUUGUCUGAGGGGAUGGCCCAUACAGUUUCCAGAUCAAUCUAUAGACAUUUACAUAUCAGUAACAGGCGGGUCAUGUCCCAUUCACAAGUAGACAACCUGAAGGCAUACAUUGAGCGAAUCACCACACACACACGUUUUGAGAGACUGUCUUUGAAAACUGAUGAGAUUGUGAUUUGGCGAAGUCCAGGUUGUUUUCAUGCAUGUUUUAUGGCCCAGUUGAUGCAAGAGUGCUGACGUGUUUUUUUUUUUUUCCUUGUUCCCUGUGUGUUUCUGAUUAAUAAAAUGAAUGGAACUAUUGUUUA